AUUUGGCCCUCACUGCUUCUGUAGUGUCAAAACCACAAUGUUUCACUACGCUGGCAGAAUAUAAAACCAAGAGGAAUACUGGCAAAGUUCAUGCACUGGAGGAGCUCUUGCAUCUCACUCGCUCUUCUUCUCUUCCUUUGCUCUCCUGCAACAUUAAUUUACUCGACAUAUUUGGUUAAGGACUUGUUUAUUAUUACUUUCUCACUUAUUGAAAACCGAUUAUUACUUACAAAUUGAAUUAACAAUUCAUGAUUUUAUUGUUUUUAUUAUGCAUUUUAUUAUAAAAUCAUUUUUAAUUCAUCACGUCUCCAUCUGACUGGAUUUCACUGCACCAGAAAUAUUUUUAAAAAUGUAAUUUAGUUGUAUAAAAGGGCAACAGAAAGCAAUCAAACAUAUUAAAGACAGAUAGAAACAGAGAGGACAGGAAACAGGUUGUAGUUCAUGAAUUCGCAGCUAAUUUCCUGGUCAAACCUGAGAGGCGUUUCACACCGAACACCACAUAGAAACACAGACACACAGUCAGUGAACAGUAGAGUUUGACUCUCAACACGUGAGAUGAGAAACAAAUGUAUUAUUUUAUUCUCCACUGAUAGAUGAGAGCAGUAUUAUUGUUAUUUGAGUUUCUGAUUUUCUGAACUGAACUGAUGAAGAAAUGAAGUUUCCGCUGACAGUUUGUGUGUUUCUGCUGACGGUGAUCAGUUCACUGUCUGUGGACUUUCCAGUGAGAGGAAUGGAGGGAGAAUCAGUGAUUAUUAAGUGUCCUUAUCCAAGAGGAUAUGAAAACUCUUACAAAUACUUCUUCAAAGGAGUUUUCAGAGAGAGAGUCCUUAUACGACGAUCUGAUGGAGGAAAGUCUAAGGGCAGAUUCUCACUGCAGGAUGAUCGUAAGACCAGAUCAUUUACAGUGACCAUCAGUAAACUGAAGAUGGAAGAUGCUGGAAUAUACGCCUGUAGAGCUGGAGCUGAUCACUACAAAGAAGUCAAUCUUAUUGUGCUCAGAGCUCCACAGAGGCCAAAACCUGUCCAGAUCUUUACCUCCACCUUCUAUCCAGAUCAAACUAUCAGCUCAUUUUCAAACACGCCGCCAUAUCUGAGAACAUCAGACACAAUCCCACAAUCCAGCAGCAUCACGAUCACAGACCAUCAGAUCAGCUCUUCAACAGAACUGAACUUCACAUCACACCAUUCAUCAGAACAGGAAGUCAAAGGGCAGACAGAUGGUUGCCAUGGCAACAUGAGUUUCAAUGGCUUGUACGUUUCAGGUUCAGUUGUGAUUAUCAUCACUGUGGAGGUUUUAGUUUUACUCCUGAUAGCAGUUUCACUGGUUAUAGUGACUGUACGAAAUAAAAAGAAGAAGAAAGGUCUGCUGUCAUCCAUCGAAGCGUUUAAUCCAGUGUUUUAUGAACAGAUCAAAGAUGCUGGACGUCACUGUGAUCCAGAGGACAGAGACACAAUUACAACUGUAUUUUACAGCUGUGUGUUUCAUAAACUAUUGUUAUGAUAUUAUAUAAUAUAAUAUAACAUAUAGCUACCAAAUCAUUUUAUCCUUCUCAUCAUUUUCACCAUUUUUCUGAACAUGAAAUGUAAAUCAUUUAAAUGUAAAUCAUUGACGUAUCCACGAAUGUGUAUGAAUUCCCAUUAAUAUUAAAAUUGUGGCAUUACUGUUUUAAUUCUGUUGUAUUAAAUUGUCAUAUCAAUACAUGUUUUUAGUCGCAUUUAUUAAAUGCAGUUUACACUUCCUAUAACACCAGAUGUACUCGUUACAUCAGAAAAAGAAUGGCAUCUACGCUAAUAUUAGUCUUUCUGUUUAUCCCGAGUAGUCAACCGAGUAGUCAACCGGAUCCGGGCCGUAUCC